AUGUACGUCAUGAUUGUCAAGUCCGAAUCGGUUCAAAUUUUCAGGAAAUCUAAGUUUAGUGAAGCCCUUUCGAAUGGCACCAACCGCGAUGAAAUUGGUCAAGUCGUUCAAAAACGUACGGACAUCAUCGUAAAAAUAGUCCGGGAAGUUUCCUGUGACCUUCAAACGUCGAGAUCUGAUGAAAACUCGAUUUUUGUAAAACGGGGUGAAAACAAUAACUUCCCGAUUUUUGAAAAUCUGAGGUUUUUAGCGGGAAGUUAA